CUAUCAGACAGGAGAAAAAGAAAAAAAAAUAAAAGAACUUUGUUCCAACAUUACCUUGAUAGCAUUUACACAUACCUGUCCAAUUUUUGCCGCAACAAUUAAUUAGAUUUAAGACUUUAUAAUUAUCAUGUACCUAAUCUAUUAUAGACCCACGGAACCCACAGUCAAACUGUGCAAACAGUUUUGUGGGACGUUGUAUUUAAUAUUAAGUCAGUAUCCAUUGUAUUUUAUUGAAAUAAAUAAUAAAAAUAAAUAAAUAAUAAUAGCAGGUUUACAAUCUUUUUUUCGGUAUUAGUUCCACACAUUCCUCAUUUCUCCAUGAAGUUUGUACUGUUAAAACUUUCUCAACAAAUCCUAAAUCAUACCUAAUUAAUUUAAGUUACUUUUACAAAACAGUACAAACAAACUCUCAUUCUGACUGGCUCACGCCAUCGUAAUCAUAUCAUUGACGAUUAAUUAUCUCCCCGUCCGCCUCAGUCUACUGGGAGUUCACUGUGCUAAGACGUUAUCGUUACUAGUACUUAUUAACAAGUAUUACGUAACAAUGAAUAUAAUGGAUUUUAAAAACAAAGUUGUGAUAAUCACCGGUGGGAGCUCAGGAAUCGGUGCUGAAACGGCAAUUCAGUUCGCAAAACUAUCAGCUAAAGUUGUCAUUGUUGGAAGAAAUGAAGAAAAACUGAAGAAAGUCGCAGAACAAUGCGAAGAAGCUCAAGGCAUCAAAUCGCUUAUAGUCAAAGCUGAUCUUACCAAUGAUUCCGAAGUCAAAAACAUUAUGGAAGAGACAGUUAAGCAUUUUGGACAGAUCGAUGUACUCGUGAACAAUGCUGGUAUAGUGGCACAUACGGAAAUCCAAAACGGGGUGGACGAUUUCGACAGAGUAUUUAGUACAAACUUAAGAAGCGUAUAUCUUUUGACCAGCCUUGCAGUGCCUCAUUUGAUAAAAACUAAAGGCAACAUUGUAAACAUUUCCAGUGUUGCAGGCCAGAAACUGUUUCCGAAUUUGACUGUCUACUGCAUGUCGAAAGCUGCUCUGGACGUAUUUACAAAGGGAUUAGCUAAAGAACUAGCUCCAAGUGGAGUUAGAGCUAAUGGAGUCAGUCCUGGUCCGGUGAAAACUGAUAUUUUAGUCCAUGCUGGUUUAGACGAAGCUGCUAUCAUGAAGAAUUGGGAAAAAUCCAGUCUUCUGGGCAAGAUAUGUGUCAGCCGUGACAUAGCUGACAUGGUGCUGUAUCUCGCGAGUGAUAAGGGUAACAGUAUCACGGGGAGCAUCAAUGUUAUUGAUAACGGACGACUAUUGGCGUGAAGAUUAGCCAAAUAAUUAGCUAAUUUGAUUAAAUAUGCUUCAUUAAAUAUAAUUGGUUAAUUCU